UUCACUUUCAAUCAAUCCAUCCAUCCAUCCAUCCAUCCAUCCAUCCAUCCAUCCAUUCAUUCAUUCAUUCAUUCAUUCAUUCAUCUAUCCAUCCAUCCAUUCAUUCAUUCAUCCAUCCAUCCAUCUAUCUAUCUAUCUAUCUAGCUAUCUAUCCAUCCAUCCAUCCACGAGGUGUUUGUGGGAGAGGGAGGAUAGUCACAGUGGUUGAAGUGGAAAGGUAAAGGAGAGAGAGAGGUCAUCAUUUGGUGCAGACAGUAGUCGCGGUGUAGAUGAGGACACGCAGCACCGACGCCACGCAUGACCUGAGCACUCCACACCGGCAAACGCGCCCCACCGAAGAGCAACGGGCGACAACAGUCUCACGUAAUAUCGUAUCGCACUUUCCCUGUGUCGGUGAUGCUCAAGGUUAUUAGGCUGCCGUGGUCCUCCGACGGUUCGUUUGGACCAUUCAGAUCUAAAAAAGAAAUCUAAAUGCGUAGUCUGAGCUGACAAUACACCCGGUGAAAAAUACUGAUUUCAUUUUCGACUCGACUGUGCAUCUCAUCCUUACCGGACCGGAGCCGGAGGAGGGAUUAAUGGAGCCGUGUACGUCUUGUUGAGGAUCCAUCUAAGCACUCGUCCUCAAUGGUCACCUUCUGUCCGAGACUAUCUUUCGGUUUGCUGCAGUCCGCAUCAGAGGAUGCAGGUGAAACAUUCAAUGUACUCGGAGGGAAGCACGCCAGACAGUGAGCCAGGCGAGUGCCAAAAAAAGACAUCAUGCUUCUCCAACAUCAAAAUAUUCCUCAUAUCAGAAUGUGCCUUAAUGUUGGCACAGGGCACUGUGGGAGCCUAUCUGGUCAGUGUCCUAACCACUCUAGAGCGGCGUUUCAACUUACAGAGUGCUGAUGUAGGUGUGAUUGCCAGCAGCUUUGAGAUUGGCAACCUUGCCCUCAUCCUGUUCGUCAGCUACUUUGGGGCCAGGGCCCAUCGACCACGGCUGAUUGGUUGUGGGGGCAUUGUAAUGGCCCUGGGAGCAUUACUGUCAGCGCUGCCAGAGUUCUUGACCCACCAGUAUGAAUAUCAGUCUGGAGAGUCACGACCUAUGGGACAUGGAAGGGAUGUGUGCUCCAAUACUAGUCAACCUGGGACUUCUGAUCCUAGUUAUAUAUGUGGGAAUAAAACCAAUACCAACAUGAUGUACCUGCUGCUGAUUGGAGCUCAGAUGCUUCUAGGGGUUGGAGCAACACCCCUUCAACCGCUGGGUGUGUCUUACAUUGAUGACCAUGUCAGACGAGAAGACUCCUCCCUUUACAUUGGCAUCCUAUUCUCUACACUAGUCUUUGGACCAGCAUGUGGUUUCAUCCUUGGCUCUCUGUGCACCAAAGUUUAUGUUGAUGCAGUCUUCAUUGACACAACCACACUGGACAUUACUCCAGAUGACCCGCGCUGGAUUGGUGCCUGGUGGGGCGGCUUUAUCAUCUGUGGCCUUUUCCUCUUCCUCUCCUCGCUUUUCAUGUUUGGGUUCCCACAGUCGCUGAACGAGCCUGGGGAGGGCCCAGGGGGUGAGAGUGAGCAGGCCAUGCUGCCUGCUGAGCUGGUGCAGGAGUAUGAAGGAGGCAAAGCCUCAGAUGACCUAGACAUCAACACUGGCCUCACCUGCUGCCAGCACCUGCAGGUUAUCCCUAAAGUGACUAAGCAUCUGCUGUCCAACCCGGUUUUCACCUGUGUCAUUCUCGCUGCCUGUAUGGAAAUUGCCGUGGUGGCUGGGUUUGCUGCCUUCCUUGGGAAAUAUCUCGAACAGCAGUUCAACCUCUCAACUUCCUCGGCGAAUCAGCUCCUGGGAAUGACAGCAAUUCCUUGUGCUUGUCUGGGUAUAUUCCUGGGCGGCCUCUUGGUAAAAAAGUUGGAUCUGUCAGCAUUAGGGGCUAUCCGCCUGGCCAUGGUAGUCAAUAUCAUCUCUACGUCCUGCUACGUCUCCUUCCUUUUCCUUGGCUGCGAUACUGGCCCAGUCGCCGGGGUUACUGUUGCCUAUGGCAACGAGAGUCUUGGGUCAUGGGAACAGACAGAGGCUGCAUGUGUGUCAGGCUGUAAUUGUUACAAAACUUCUCUAAGCCCUGUCUGUGGCUCCAAUGGCAUCACCUACCUCUCAGCCUGUCUUGCUGGCUGCACUAAAACCAAUCUGACAGGCUGUAAGUGCAUUGCCCAUGGCAAUGGGUCGGGUACAGCAUCACCAGGGAAGUGUCCCAGCCCAGGCUGUCAGCAGGCUUUCCUCACCUUCCUAGCAGUCGUGUGUGCUUGCAGCAUGAUUGGAGCAAUGGCCCAGACUCCGUCUGUUAUCAUCCUGAUCAGAACUGUGAGUCCAGAGCUGAAAUCAUAUGCACUUGGAGUUUUGUUCUUGUUGCUCCGGCUGUUAGGUUUCAUUCCUCCACCUCUGAUCUUUGGCAUUGGGAUUGACUCCACCUGCCUACUAUGGAGCUCCGUAUGUGGCACGAAGGGGGCCUGCAUGCUUUACGACAACAUCUCCUACCGCUACCUUUACGUCAGCAUCGCCAUUGUUCUCAAAUCCAGCGCCUUCAUUCUCUAUGCUGUCACCUGGCAGUGCCUGCGUCAGAACUACUCCAGGUACAUUAAGAACAGUGAGGAUUACCUGACACCAAGUCAGCUGUUCGCCUCCAACCUCACCCUGGAAAACCUGGGCAAGGACAUUGCACAGAACCCCUCCUCUCGCACCAAGUUUAUUUACAACCUAGAUGACCAUGCCUGGAGUGAGAACAUGGAGUCAGCCAUAUAGUCCCACCCCAAAGAGGGCCAGUUGGCCUAUAUGCACAUGCUAAUUUAAUCUCAUCAGUGCAUUUAUUCAAAAGAAAGUUAAUUUAAGAUGAUUUCUGUACAUUCCCACUGCCUGGGAGAAAUGUGCACUCUUAAAGCAUAUCCAGGGUGUUUUAAAUGAAUAGAUAACCCAAAAAUGAAAAUUCUGUCAUAACUUACCCACCCUCAUGUCGUUCCAAACCCAUAUGACUUUCUGUUUUAUACGGAACACAAAAGGAGAUGCUUUAAUGAAUAUUGCGGUUCAUCUUCUCAAUAUAAUUGCAAUAGCUAGUGCCUCACUAUAAAACUUAAAAUAGAAUCCAAAAGUAAAAGAGUAGUCCAUACAAAUAGUGCAUUAUAUUCCAAAUUUUCUUAAGGCAUAUGAUAUAUUUUGGUGAGAAACAACCCAAAAUUGAGGUCACUUUUCAGUACAGUUGUUUAGUUUCACAGUGGCUCACAUUCACACAAAACGUACAUUGUUUUUACAGCUAAGCAAUGCAAGUACUCAUGUGAAUGUGCAAGGGUCACCAAAAUUUUGAUCAAAAAAUUAAUUACAUUUUGGGUAGUUUCUCACCAAAAUCUAUCAUAUGCCUUCAGAAGACUUGGAAAAUUAUGCACAAUCUGUAUAGACUACUGCAAAUUUUGGGUUCUUUUUUAAACAAGUGAGGCACUGUCCACUGCCAUUGUAUUAAACAGACGGACUAUGAUAUUCUUAAAAAGAAAUUAUACCUAUUUUGUUACACAUAAGUAAAGGCCUCGAUAUGCUUCCUACGAAAUCGAAGAAUGAAUGGGUGUGAUGUCAUUUAGAACAAAAUCUGGCAAAAAGAAAGUGUUUUUGCAUUCAUUUCGGUGGUUUGUAACAGCUUGCUAAGGCAAACUUUUAGGAAAAAUUCUAUUUGACAGCAAAACACCUUCUUACUGCUAUUGGUCCAUGUCGUCGGUAGGUGUGACCUGGAGCUCCACCUACCUUGAUGCCAACAGCAAGUUCUGUUUAUGUUGUUUAAUGAGUCAAAAUGAGUCAACAUGAUCACAUCGCCAUGUAGAGUUAUUAGCGACCUGGUGCAACUUACCCACAUCUGUACAAUCUUUCGCUCAGAGACAUUUUCCUAGACCAUGUCAUGCAAUUUAUUUUUGUUUAAUUAGUCUACUAAAGGAUUAAAAUCUUCGCAAAUACUCUCAAGUGCCCAUUCACUCAUGUGCCAUCUGCAGCGAAAGCCAUUCACACAUCUGUCUAAAGUAAGAUAUGCCCAUGAUCAUUCUUUUGUCUUUAUGCCCUUACGAAAAUCGAGAGUUCAUGGCAAAUUUGCUGCAAACUUGCCACAAAUUCGCCACUGAUCAUUUUCACAUGCAAAUGAGCUUUGUGGCAAACUUGCGGCAAAUUGUCCAUUGUUGCCAAAGGUUUGCCAGAGGUUCACCACUACCGGUGAAGAGCGGCAAACUUCUGGAAAACAUUUGCGGUGAAUAAAAAGCUCAUUUGAAUGUAAAAACAACGAGCGGCAAAUCUGUGGCUAGUUUAGAUUUUUUGUAAGGGUGAACAUUAUCACUUUUAUAAACUUAUCUUUGCAACUGUAUCAGUGUCAUUAUAAAUCACAAUAACAGAGUGUAACCGGCGCCUAUAAUGGCCACGUAUAGCGUGUUAGUGCAUUAGCAUCAUGAAUUAAGAAUAUAAACAAGACAAAUUAAACAUUUUCUACUGUAUAUACACUGAUCAGCCACAACAUUAACACCACCUGCCUAAUUUUGUGUAGGUCUCCCUCGU